GGGAAGGAUUUCCUGCAUUCGAAGCGUGUGUCACGUAGAAAGUUCACAGGUUUUUAAAUCAAUAGCACUUUUAAAGGUUUAGCACUUUAUUUUAAUAAUAUGAUCUCGACUGACUCUGCUUAUGUCCGGUAAGGUCUUUUAUAAUGUCGCUGGUGGUGGAGAAGGGGCUGAUGAUUGACAAGGUGAGAUGUCCGUGAGAACGCAUCUUAUCGUAUACUUAAGUAGGUGGUCGUGAUCGUGGGAAGAAUUCGAUUAACGUACGUUUAAGCGGCUGGUCGUAAUACGUGCCACGAUAAUAAAAGGGUUCUAACGAUCUUACACAAUUCAUGGUUCGACCUGUCUGCUGUCAUUCCUAUGAACGCAUCCCUAUCUAUCGUGAUUUCUCUACCUAUAGAGAAAAAUUUAUAUACCAGAUUAUGCACGUGACCUGUUAAUUACAGUGGUGUCAUGUCACUGAAUAUCUUUGUGAAGUCGUUGAUGUUGCUGCAACAGUUACGCUGUACAUCGAAAGGCAAUGAGUCAGUUCAUCGACGACCACCAUGGACACCAGAUCGUACACGGAUUUUUCCAUUGCUUCAGCGAUAUAUAUAACAAAGUACACAGGAAUAUGGCUACCGCGAAAUGUGAGUGAAGAAUGGCAAAGGAAGAUAUCCAUAUCGUACAUGGCCUUCGCACUUGUGUUUGGGCUAUACCUGAAUGUGGUCGAUAUUUUCCACAUCUGGGGCAAUGCAACUCAAACUAUGUUCGUGAUACUGAACACGAUGUGUAUCUCUAUGACAAUAAUUAAGAUGCUGAUCCUAAAUUUUAAUAGAGCUAAAUUAGCAGACGCUUUUUCCUAUGCGCAACGACACUUCUGGCAUGAUAAUUACAAUUACGAGGAACAACUGAUCUUUUCCAUAUCUGUAAAAUAUUGCACACGGUUAAUAUUUUUCGCAUUCGCUGUUCAGCCAGUUACUUUGGCCGGAUAUGUGAUCACGCCUAUUAUUGAAAACCUUGGACGAAAUAAAUCGGACAGGGUACUUCCAUUCAAGAUGUGGCUCGACUUGCCAUUAUCUGAGACACCAUAUUACGAACUAAUGUUUACUUUCCAGGUGAUAGACAUAUUCUUAAUUGGCGUCGCGUACGUUUGCCCUGAUGUGUUUUUAUGCGUCUUUAAUUUGCACGUGAUGGGUCAAUUUCGUAUACUACAACACAGAAUGUUAAAUUUCUGGAACGUUGAAGGCAAAGAAAUGACUGCAUUCAUAUACACCGAUCAUUGUUAUGCAGCUCUCAAGAAGUGUAUACAACAUCAUCAGUUGGUUAUUGAGUUCUGCGUGAAGCUGGAACAAGUGUAUACCAUGUCGAUUUUGGUGCACAUGGCAUUUUUAAGCAUGUUAAUGGGUUUGGACUGCUAUGAAAUAUUCGUGGCAGACACAAAUCUAUCGAUGCGUCUGAUUUUCAUAUUCCACGUAAUUGGCAGUCUAAUUCACCUUUUUAUCUUUACGUACACUUGUCACUUUAUGAUGGAAGAAAGCACCAACGUUAGUAGAACGAUAUAUUCUGGUUCAUGGAGCACUUUGCCAAUGUACAAAGCUGGCAGAUCGUUACGAUCGGAUAUAAGAUUAAUUAUGAUAAGAUCGUUGAAACCGUGCUAUCUGACUGCUGGUGGAUUUUUUCCCGUGUCUUUGGAGACUUUUACCACGCUUUUAAGUUCUACAUUUUCGUAUUUUACUCUGAUGAGGGAGUCUUUAAUCAGAACCGAGGGCGAAUAGUAAUAUAAAACAGACAUAUGUAUUAAUAGCGAUGCUAGAAAUAUAUAAAAGUGAAGGAAAAUAAUUUAAGAAUAUUUUUUAAUGUACUAAAGCUGUUAUACACAAUAUAUGUUCUCCACUUUUUAUGUACAGUAAAAUAUACAUAUAAUGUGGAUAUUACAAGGAGUAUGAAAAAUUUUCUUUUUCUACCCAGGUAGAGGAAAAUAAUAAAUAACCAGCUUUCUUUGUGUCAGUUUAUGCUUGCACUUUGCCGUCACCUAAUCACCUUUGGUGCGCGAUUGGUUUUUAGACUGGACAGUUUGAUGCGUUACGAAGUACUGAUCAGGCAAGAACGUCUGCACUUGAUGUGUACGACAAUAACAGGUAUUGUUUUCGAACACCUGCCUAAUUAACAGUUCGAUCCUCCCCGUAUCGUUCCUAGGUGCAGUAAAUGUAUACAUUUACAUAAAGACGAGUAUUGCUUAACACAAGUCGUUGUUUGUAUGUUAUGUAGCAAAUAUUGGAAGAAAUAUUGGGUUGGCAAGAAAGUAAUUUUGGUUUUCACAGACAGAUAACACUAUGUUCUUUUUUUAAUGACGUCUGUCGAUGUUCUGAUUUUUCCGUUUGUCAUUCGAUAGCUGCUGCUUUUACGUUAUUUUAGAAGCCAA